CUUUACACCAACGAAGAAGAAGACGUCAACAGGAAGUCGGAGCUCCAGUCGCUAAAGGUCCCCAACAUGGCAGGCAGACGGGCACUGAAGGCUGUGCUCAUCGACCUGAGUGGAACUCUCCAUGUGGAGGACACAGCGGUGCCCGGGGCGCAGGACGCCCUCAACAGGUUGCGGCAGGCGUCUGUAGCCGUGAAGUUUGUGACUAACACGACGAAGGAGAGUAAGAGGAACUUACUGGAACGACUACACCGUCUCAACUUUGACCUCCAGGAAAAGGAGAUCUUCACUUCGCUGAGUGCAGCGAGGAGUUUGUUGGAGCAGGAGCAACUCAGGCCGCUGCUGCUGGUGGAGGACGGCGCACUGGAAGACUUCACUGGUGUUGAAACCUCAGAGCCAAACGCCGUCGUCGUGGGACUCGCUCCCGAUCACUUCAACUACCAAACACUCAACACGGCUUUCAGGAUGAUUCUGGAUGGAGCUCCUCUCAUUGCCAUCCAUAAGGCUCGCUACUACAGAUGUAAGGAUGGUUUGGCCCUUGGCCCCGGGCCCUUUGUGACGGGACUCGAGUACGCCGCAGACUGUCAAGCUACUGUGGUGGGGAAACCGGAAAAGGCUUUUUUUACUCAGGCUCUGUCUGAUUUGGGAUGCAGCCCCAAUGAAGCUGUCAUGAUAGGCGAUGAUGCCAGAGAUGAUGUGGGCGGGGCUCAGAACGCAGGCAUGUUGGGAAUUCUGGUCAGAACCGGUAAAUACAGAGGAGGAGAUGAGAGAAAAAUCAACCCUCCUCCCCACCUGACAUGUGACAGUUUCCCAGAAGCUGUUGACCACAUCCUGAAGAACUUGUUAUGAGCUGGAAGGAACAACAGAGCUUCACGUUUUCAUUUUCCACGUCCAGAGUGUCAAAGUAAAGCAUGUGUUUGCGAAUUACCAACCAUCUUUUGCAACAAUAACACAUGUUUUGUCACCAUGUCAUGAUGUAUGUAUAUAAGUUUGACUAAAACGAUGUCCAGCUGGUAUUGAAUAUAAUUUAUUCGUGUUCAUUAAUUCUGGAGAGAAUUAAUAGUAGCAGCGGCCCAGAAUAUCAUGUUUUUGGAUUUCUUUCAGGAUACCAACAUUAUAGUGUAUUUAUCAUUUUAAUACAGAAUAGCGAGUCAUACAAAUGUCAUACAAAUCAUUAAAUAUGUGUCGUAGGAUAGCCACAAAUAUAUAAGUAAUAGAAUGAAUGAGUAAAACACGUCAUUAGUACGCCAUACAAAUGUCAUUGUAGUACUGUAUGUAAAUAAAAAUAUCACACAAAAUUG